CCGAAGCCUCCCGCAGCUUCACCACGCUUCCGUUCGCCGUCCCUCAUCAAUGCACCCGCGGUAGCCUGCUCCCCCUCCAGCCUAUUGAUUGAGGUGCGAUUCCCCACCAUGUCCAUGGCCAACAGCGCCAGCUUCAUCGAACCGCCGACGGGCUCCUCCGAUGUCGACGAAGUCGAUUCGCUGCCCUCCUCCUCCACGAGCUCGUCGGUCGAUGACGAGGAAUACGUUUCGGAUGCAGAGCGGGAGUGGAGGGAGUCGCUGCAGCAACUGGAGCUGCUGUUGACCAUGCUGGUGGUGCCGUAUGUGGGGAAGUACUUUGGGCGGAAAUGCGCCUAUUGGGGCUGGGCGAAGUUCAUGGAAUGGAAAUACCCCGUUGAAAUCGUCGUCACGAGCCCGGCAGCAUUCAAGGGCGCGGGAGCCAUCGAGGCCGCGGCAACGUUAUAACCCGUCGCCCGAGUGACGAUGCGGAGGAUGCAUUUGGGGGCAUAUAUCAGACGGCUAGGCGUUGGGGCGAAUCUAUCAAGGGCUGCUUCAUUUCGAAAGUUGUACCGAACCACCGGACACAGCAUGUAUAGAUUCGGAACGAUCAAUCGAAAGCGAAUGUAAAUAUUGGGAAUUGUACCGAAGGCUGAUCCAGGC